GAAACACUUUCACGUUCCCUUCACGUAUUAUCAACUCUCUUUCUCCCUCACUUGGCUUCUUUCCUCUUCCGUUCACUUUGACGGGUAGCUUGGGAGGGGAAAAAAAUGACGUUUUAUAUUAUGGGUCGCGUAGAAGAACCAAAAUUUGGGAUAUUUGGGGGGUCUCCUCGCUAUUUGGAGCAGUAAAAAUCGUGUAGAUUCCAGCGCAUUCUUAGUGGAGCAACAGUGUUAAGUCUUUUAAGUGUGGUCACAGCGGUAACAGAGCAUGAUUGGGUGUACUUGAAGAUAUUUAUUUUUUAUUUAAAAAAGCCCCCUUUGGCUCUUCUUGAUUGGAGACACCUGAAGGUUCCCGAGGAGAAGUAACAAAAAGUAAUUCCAACUCCUCAGAUGGGUAUUUGAGAAUACGAGCUCAUUCGAUCUCUGGGUGGAGAAAACCCUAGCAAGUGAGGUAGGGAACUCUCUGUGAUUUCUCCUUUUGAUUUAAUGCCCAAAUAAGUGGUGAUUGGAUUGAGAUUCCACAAACUUUGAGUUUGGAUUGUGAUUUGUGUGCGCCAAGGUUUCUCAUUCAGGUAAUUGAUUUGUUCCUUUCCUAGAAGAGAUGGCGGGGGCUGCUCUAGUUGCCAUCGCAGCUUCGAUCGGGAACUUGUUGCAGGGAUGGGACAAUGCUACGAUUGCCGGAGCUGUUCUGUACAUAAAGAAAGAAUUCAAAUUGGAAAGCGAGCCGACAAUCGAGGGGCUAAUCGUGGCCAUGUCACUCAUCGGGGCCACCAUUAUAACAACGUUCUCCGGAGCAGUAUCCGACUGCGUCGGCAGGCGGCCUAUGCUAAUCGUCUCAUCCGUCCUCUACUUCGUUAGCGGCAUCGUAAUGUUAUGGUCUCCCAAUGUCUAUGUCUUGCUCUUAGCAAGGCUUAUAGAUGGCUUUGGUAUCGGUUUGGCCGUCACUCUUAUCCCUGUAUAUAUUUCGGAGACUGCCCCUGCGGAUAUAAGAGGAUUGUUGAAUACGCUGCCGCAAUUCAGUGGUUCGGGAGGGAUGUUUUUAUCUUACUGCAUGGUAUUCGGGAUGUCAUUAAUGCCUAAGCCGGAUUGGAGAAUAAUGUUGGGAGUGCUCUCAAUUCCUUCACUCUUGUACUUUGCAUUAACUGUAUUUUAUCUACCGGAAUCACCAAGGUGGCUUGUGAGCAAAGGGCGAAUGUUGGAGGCCAAACGGGUUUUACAGAGAAUACGUGGAAGGGAAGACGUCUCAGGAGAAAUGGCCCUACUUGUUGAAGGCUUGGGAGUCGGGGGAGACACGUCCAUCGAAGAGUACAUCAUCGGGCCGGCCAAUGAGCUCAUCGAUGACCAAGGUGAGACCGUCGAUAAGGAUCAAGUCACAUUGUACGGCCCCGAAGAAGGUCUAUCGUGGGUUGCCCGACCCACUAAGGGACAGAGCGCCCUGGGAAGUGCCCUGACCAUCGUCUCUCGCCAUGGUAGCGUGCAGAACCAAAAUAUACCUCUAAUGGAUCCUCUAGUCACUCUUUUCGGCAGUGUCCAUGAAAAACUUCCCGAAAUGGGAAGCAUGCGGAGCACACUAUUUCCCAAUUUUGGGAGCAUGUUCAGCGUAGCAGAACAACAACCCAAAACUGAGCAGUGGGAUGAGGAGAGUCUUCACAGAGAGGGUGAAGACUACGCAUCUGAGGAUGCAGGAGGCGACUCUGAUGAUAAUAAUCUUCAAAGCCCAUUGCUUUCUAGGCAAACAACGAGCCUGGAGGGAAAAGAGAUAACCCAAGCACAAACCGGUCAUGAUAGCAUAUUGAGCAUGGGAAGAAAUAGCAGUCUCAUGCGGAGAAGUACUACUGGUGAGGCAGUGAGUAGUAUGGGAAUUGGCGGGGGUUGGCAACUAGCAUGGAAAUGGUCGGAAAAAGAAGGGGUGGAUGGAAAGGAAGGUGGGUUUAGGAGAAUCUAUUUGCACCAAGAGGGUGGGGCCGGUUCACGGAGGGGUUCGCUUCUUUCGAUUCCAGGUGGUGAAACCCCCGAAGAGAGUGAGUUUGUUCAGGCUGCUGCAUUGGUGAGCCAGCCCGCUCUUUUCUCUAAGGAGCUCAUGGACCAGCACCCAGUGGGGCCCGCAAUGCUCCACCCGUCGGAGACGGCUGUUAAGGGUCCGAGGUGGCACGAUCUCUUCGAACCUGGAGUGAGGCAUGCGUUGAUUGUUGGAGUCGGGAUUCAGAUACUUCAGCAGUUUGCUGGCAUAAAUGGGGUCCUCUACUACACUCCUCAGAUACUCAAGCAAGCCGGCGUCGAAGUUCUUCUUGCAAACAUUGGUAUCAGCUCUGAUUCGGCAUCUAUUCUUAUCAGUGCCAUCACAACCCUCUUGAUGCUUCCUAGCAUCGGCAUUGCCAUGAGACUAAUGGAUAUUUGUGGGAGAAGGUUCCUACUUUUGGCGACAAUUCCGAUCUUGAUAGCUUCUUUAUUUGUCUUGGUUGUGGCUAACGUGGCCCAGCUGAGCACGGUCCUCCACGCGGUGCUCUCCACCAUUAGCGUCAUCAUUUACUUCUGCUGCUUCGUGAUGGGGUUCGGCCCGAUCCCGAACAUCCUCUGUGCGGAGAUAUUCCCUACUUCGGUCCGCGGCGUGUGCAUCGCGAUCUGCGCCCUCACCUUCUGGGCCGGGGACAUCAUCGUAACCUAUACCCUCCCCGUCAUGUUGACCGCAAUCGGGCUCGCUGGUGUGUUCGGAAUCUAUGCCGUCGUCUGCGUGUUCGCUUUUAUAUUUGUUUUCUUGAAGGUUCCGGAAACGAAGGGAAUGCCUCUCGAGGUCAUUACCGAGUUCUUCGCAGUCGGGGCGAAGAGGGCGCAGGCUGCUAAAAGCUCAUCAGCUGUUCUCGGCUAACUGUACUAUUAGUUGCACCCUGAUCGCUUAUCCCUGGAAGCGACAUAGUCAAUGCGAGAGAGAAAGAGGAGCAAAUAAGGAUAAGCUAGGGCUUCAGCUAGGGUGAUGAUGGAUGACUUGGUUACUCUAUUUGGCUAUGAGGAAUUUUAAGUAGAAAAUCUAAAUAAUUGCUUCUUUUUUUUUUUUUUGGUUCUUUGUUCUAUUUUGGUUUCAAUGUUUCUUGUCGCAUUGUAUUUUGUUUACACUGGGAUAUUUGUUUUGUAACUAUCAUUGUGUUGUUGUACGAGGUGGGCGCAUCUUAGUUCCAGUUUCUUA